AGAGCGGGCGAAGAAGAAGGCGACCAUGUUGAUUUAAAGGAAACAGAAACACAAUAGAAGUGAAUCCAACCGCGAACAAUACUCAGCUUUUUAAGAGAAUCUCACGAGAAGCAGCAGCUCGACCACACACCGAGUCACCAGUUACAGGAAUAUCAGAGAAAACCAGGUGACACCUUGGAGCUGUGGACUCGGACUCUGAGGAGGCAGCAGGUCGCUCGCGGCCUCGACUCACACACUUGGCGGAGGGACAGAGGCGUGAGGGACUCCUCCUUUUCUAAAGCGACGGACUGAACGAGCCCUCGCGCCACUUCCGGACUCUCUUCCUCUCAUGCGCGGACCGGCAGCCUCCCGCUCAGAGGACAGACUCGCAGCAUUUACAGACUCCAUGACUUUGGGGAAAAACUAGUACAGAUUUUGGACACCUUGUAUGGACUCAAAGUGGAAACCGGAGAGACUGAGUUUAAAAGUAUUAGCCAGAUUAUAUUGAAGAAUCUAUUCCCCGAGUUCAGAUUGCCUUAGUUGUUCUAUUUCAGGACUUAAACUGCUUUGAUACUUGUUCACAUAUAAUUUUUCUAUAUUGUGCACAAGUAUGUUUAUGCAUAUGGAUGCAAAUUUCUCUUCAUUUUGAAGAGCUUGUGUGUAAAAAGUGUUUCUUUUUGUGUAUGUGUUGUUUUUGCCGUACGUCAGUCGCUCUGUUGUUGAAGGGGACCGAACUGCACGUACAUGUGUAUAUGUAAAUACUACAAAUCCUCUUCUGUUGUCAAAGCUUUUCGACUUUAAAGCAAAAUAAUAAUAGAGAAUAUUGUUUUAACACUUUAUCAAACUUUUUUUUUUUUUUAAAUACCUAAGAAGAGGCAAAAAUCUAAUAUUUAAAAAAACAAAAACAAAAAAGAGGGAAAAAUGGCCACUGCCAGAACUGAAAGCGUGGGCCCGCUCGUCAUGGGACUGAACAAGCAGAACGGGCAGCUCAAAGGACAAACCAAACCCGCUUCAGUCCCACCAGCACCCACGACUCAAGGGAAGAGCGUGGGCGCCGCUCAGGGAGGAGGAGGAGGAGUCAAGUUCGGAGACGACUGGAAAAAGAGUCUGAAGCUUCCUCCCAAAGACAACAGGGUCAAAACCUCAGAUGUCACGUCCACGAAAGGGAACGAGUUUGAAGAUUACUGUCUGAAGAGAGAGCUGCUGAUGGGGAUCUUCGAGAUGGGCUGGGAGAAGCCUUCACCCAUCCAGGAGGAGAGCAUCCCCAUCGCCCUGUCCGGACGAGACAUCCUGGCUCGGGCGAAGAACGGGACGGGGAAGAGUGGCGCUUACCUGAUCCCUCUGCUGGAGAGGAUAGACCUGAAGAAGGACCACAUACAGGCCAUGGUGAUGGUUCCCACCCGAGAGCUGGCCCUGCAGGUGAGCCAGAUCUGCAUCCAGAUCAGCAAACAUCUGGGCGGAGUCAAGGUCAUGGCCACCACCGGAGGAACCAACCUGCGGGACGACAUCAUGCGCCUGGACGAGACCGUGCAUGUGGUCAUCGCCACACCCGGCAGGAUCCUGGAUUUAAUCAAGAAAGGCGUGGCAAAGGUGGACCGGGUCCAGAUGAUGGUGAUGGACGAGGCGGACAAGCUGCUGUCUCAGGACUUCGUGGUGCUCAUCGAGGACAUCAUCAGCUUCCUGGCCAAGAACAGACAGAUCCUCCUUUACUCUGCCACCUUCCCCAUCAGCGUGCAGAAGUUCAUGGCCAAACACCUUCAGAAACCCUACGAGAUCAACCUGAUGGAGGAGCUGACUCUGAAGGGCAUCACGCAGUUCUACGCCUACGUGACGGAGCGGCAGAAGGUCCACUGCCUCAACACGCUGUUCUCCAGGCUCCAGAUCAACCAGUCCAUCAUCUUCUGUAACUCCACCCAGAGGGUGGAGCUCCUGGCCAAGAAGAUCACUCAGCUGGGCUACUCCUGCUUCUACAUCCACGCCAAAAUGAUGCAGGAGUACAGGAACCGCGUGUUCCACGACUUCAGGAACGGACUGUGCAGGAACCUGGUCUGCACCGAUCUGUUCACCAGAGGAAUCGACAUCCAGGCCGUCAACGUGGUCAUCAACUUCGACUUCCCCAAGAACGCCGAGACGUACCUGCACCGCAUCGGGAGAUCAGGGAGGUUCGGUCACCUGGGCCUGGCCAUAAACCUGAUCACGUCGGAGGACCGCUUCAACCUGAAGGCCAUCGAGGACCAGCUGGUGACCGACAUCAAGCCCAUCCCCGGCAGCAUCGACAAGAGCCUGUACGUGGCCGAGUACCACUCCGGCAGCGCCGACUGCGAGGUGGAGGAGGUGGAGGAGAAGCCGGGACGCCCGCAGGACACCUAGAAGAGUGACGGACUCGACUCGCCGGGCUUCUGCCCCGACGCCACACACCAAGCUUCAACCACUGCAUUCUCACUUCCUGUCGCUCGGCGGAGGAGCUGCUCCACCCGCCGCGACCUUUCACCCUCCUGCCGCCGCGCGGCCGCACGGCUCAUCGUCCAGCAAGUCUCCACGAAACUGUUCAGCGCCAAACUGGGAAUGGGGUCCGGUCGGUCUGGGUCGGACCGGGUCGGUCCGGGUCAGCUCUGCUCGAUACGUCUUCUGAAUUGGUUCGGAUCAGUUUGAUUCGAUUGAUCGGGUUCCGUCUGAAUUGGUUCAGAGCGGUCUGGAUCUGUUCAGAUCGGCCCGGAUCGGUCUGGAUCGUCCCGGGUUGGUUCAGACUCGUUGGUCCGGUUGGGUCCAGGUCCGGUUCUUAGGGCGACUCGGUUUGUCGGUUCUCUCUCUUCUCACUGCUGACGUCACUGAAGUGCCUUAAUCACUCACCCAGUCACAGUACGAGCACAAGCACACAUACACACACGCACGCACGCACACACACACAUACGCUCUCAAGCACACACACACACGCACACACACACUCUCACACACACACACACACACACACACUCCGUCUCACGGCUCAAACUCGUUGAAGUUCAUCCAGAAUGUGAACGUUUGUUUUAAUGUGAACGUUGCAAUAAAAAGAAAAAAGGGCAGCUUUAUUUAAAUACUGCGUGACUGUUUUCCCCUCUUUCACCCCGAGUAACACACACACACAGACACACAGACACACACACACCCACCCGUCCCCUCCCGACCGGACCGCCUCUGAACCGGACCCAGACCGCUCGGCCCGUCGCUCCAGUUUGGCGCUGAACAGAAGCAUGUUCCCGUUGUCCUCCUCCUCUUCCCGCUCCGGUCCGUCUUGGUGAAUGUCUGAAGCUCCGCCCCUUCUCUGAAACGCUCCGCCCGGUCCGAGCGUUCUGGACCGCAGGGCGGCGCCGGCGGCUCGGUAGCUUCCUGUGAGACUUUUCCAAACGUAGCAUUGCUGAACAGGCAGCUGAGACUUUCCCCCGGCUGACAGCCUGACGAGGCUUCAGCUCCUCUCUCUUCUCCCCCGACCGUCAAACGAGGCGGCGGAACCCGAAACGAGUCACCGUUUACACUCGGCGUUUACAGUGAGAGAAAAAAAACAAACCCUGAAACCCAGAAACAGGCUUCGCUCGGUGAGAACUCCCUUCCUUUGAUUCCUCUGAAAACCGUUUUCAGGAUUUAACGUCGAAGCAAAACCAAAAAUGUGUGUGUGCGUGCGUGCAUGCGUGCGUGCGUGCGUGCGUGUAUGUAUGUGUGUGUUGAGCCUGUGUUCGUGUGCAUGUCUUUACUGUGUGAAUGCGUAUUUGUGGCUCAUCACAGCUGUGUGCACGCUUGUAUGUGCGUGCACACAGCUGUGUCUGCGCAGCUGUGUGUGUCUAGCGUGUACGUGUCUGUGUGUCUCGUGUGCACGUGGCUGACUGUGUGUGUGUGUGUGCGUGUGUCUGUGUGUGCGUGUCAGAUGAUCACAUGCAGCUCUGAAUUGAAUCCAAUUCUUUGCUUCAUGUCAACAUUUCAUCUAGUUUUGUGUUUUUUUUCCUGUGUGUGUGUGUGUUGGGGGGGGGUGUGUGUGUGUGUGUGUGUGUGUGUGUGUGUGUGUGUGUGUGGUAUGUAUGUGGCUGUGUGUGUGUGUUGGGGGCCGUCUGGGAUGUGGUUCUCUGUUGUUUCUCCUCCUAUCUCCUGGUUUGUGGCCGAUUCUUCCUCCCUGGCAGUGUUUUCUUUCUGAUCCCAUCCCAGACUCUCGGUCCUUCGCCUCCUCUGGUUGAUUCUGUCGUCUGAACCGCCUCAGAUCACUCUGCUCCAUUUUUUUUAUUUACACUUCAAAUAGAGUGGAAGUGUAAAUCUGAGGCUCUGUAAACUCCCCGAGGUGCAGUUUGUGCACUAGGGGGCAGCAGAGAGGCUCCUGCCUUCCGCUGUGGUAGCUCUGCUCAGAUGACACCACCUUUGAUUCCAUCAGCAGAACUUUUAGGAAGACUGAGGUGGAACCUGAAGGGACUGGAAGCUGCUCCAAGGCGGUUUUGACAGAUGAAGCCGUCGGGAGUCGCAGGCGAGGCUGAUGAUCGAAGUUGUGAAUGUUCGGUUGUGUUGUCAGUCUUUUGGGUGGGGGGUGGGGUGGGUCGGUUUGGGGUUGGGGGGGGGGGGGGGGGGGGGGGGGGGGUUUGGGGUUGGGGAUUUAAGUUCUGGAAUGAACUAAAGAAGUGGUGAAGAUUCGGCCUCUAAAUUGAGACGCUGCUUCUGAUUGGGCAGAUUUAAACGAGUCAAAGCGAAGCAGCCGGCGUCUCUGUGGUCUGAGUGAAGAUCUGAUCAAACGACUCGGCGGAACCGCGGCAGCCGCCGAGGAGAACCUUUCUGCUGGGUCCUGCCACAGAAAUGAAGUCGUUCUUGUUUUGUUUUCCAGCUCCAAAGUAGCAGGUUGAGUUUCCCUCCAGCGCGUUGAAGUGACGAGUGAUCACAUUCAGUUCAAAUGAAAAGUCUUUCCUGUCGUCCUUUAUUCGUUUUCGAUGCCACAUUCCAUUCACUUCUUUGUAAAAGUGUAAAGUUACUCUUUAAUUGUCCUUUCAGUUUCUCCUCAUGGUUUUUGGCUUUUUUUUUUUCCUUGUUUUCUUUGGAUCGGAUGAAACGGCAGCGAUGUCAUUUUUAGUGUUUUGGUUUUUUUUAAUCCCAGGAGUUGCAUAAAAGACGGGAGACGUUCAGCAGCUUGUUCGAAUCACUCUGUCCUCCACUGACCAACAUGGAAACAACAUGCAGGGACUCAAAGUCAAUAAAUGACCUGAACUUCA